AUGAAAACAGGUGGAAGUACAACAUCAAAUAUUCUAAUGCGAUAUGGCAUAUCAAACAAUCUUCACACAUUUUCAUAUAGCACGAAGAAUCUUAAUUGUUUCAAUUCUACUGUCUUUGACUUUAUGGCUAUACACAUGCGUUAUAACAGGACCUGGAUGAACAAUUCUGUACCGGAUGCGAAAUAUUUAACAAUUCUCAGAUCACCAUUUGGCCAAUUACCAUCGGCAUUUUACUUUUUCAAGUUUGCAAGACCCUUGCUAAAUUCUACUGACCCAUUUCGUCAAUAUAUUGAACAUCUCGAUAGUUACCAUAACUUUACAGAAGUACAUCACCAGCACCGAAAUGGACAAAUGUGGUUCUUAAAUCCGGAAUUUGAAGACGAAGACCAAGAUAAUGUAACAAUGAUAAAACGUGCAAUCAGACGAAUUGACAGAGAGAUGGAUUUUGUGAUAAUUUUGGACCAUUAUGACGAGUCAUUGGUGGUAUUAAAACAAAUAAUGUGUUGGGAAGACGAGGAUAUAAUUUACCACAUAACUAAAAAAAGUAAACAAAAAAGAAACCCAAUGACUACAUCUAUGAAAACAAAUAUCAGGAAAUGGAGUUUAGCAGACACGCUUUUGUUUGAUCAUUUUAAUCUUUCAUUGUGGGAGAAAGUGGCUAAUUAUGAUGGCGAUUUCAAUGCCGAUCUCGAAAGAUUCCGUUCCAAAAAUCUAAAAGCGUCAUUAGAAUGUUCACAUAAAAAGAUUUAUAGUGCUGGUACAUAUUGUUGGAAACUUAUUAAUGAUACGCCACGAUUACGAUUGUUUGCCCUUAAUCAGCAAAGAUGGGAAUCCAAUGAAAACAAAUGUGUCUGA